UAUUUACAUGGGUUAUGUAAAUGAUAUGGCAUCACUGUAAACUUCUGCUUUGAAUCGAACACCAUCGUCAGGAAAUUUCCCACGAGAGCAGUCGGUUGUGCUUACGUGUAGCCAGUUGAAGGCCAUCUUUAUAUUAAAAUUGUGAAAGAGCACGUAGCUGAUUGUUUUUCCGCAACUGAAGAAAUUUAGAAGAAGAAAAAAACAAAUUAACGUUUGCUGCUAAUGUCGCAUGUUAUGCCUCAAAAUGGCGUUAAUGCAGCUCUCUCAGUGCCUAUUGAAAAGAACCGCCAACACCCCAAAUCCUCCGUGGACACUGUGGACAGCCCUCCAGCAGACGUCACACCUUCCAGCUCCACUGCCCCUUGUGCCUCACCACCACACCAGCCUGCCACUAAUAUCUGUCAAUCAUUAAACUUGAAGAGUGAGGCUGAACGUCUGAAAACGUAUGAGAAAUGGUCGAUCGUGUUCAUGGACCCACAUGCUCUGUCAGCUGCUGGCUUCUACUACACGAACCAAGGUGAUGUGGUGCAGUGUGUCUUUUGUGGAGUUCAGGUGGGACAGUGGGAGGAAGGAGAUGCACCCUUCACGGAUCAUCAGCGCUGGGCCCCAUCCUGUGGGUUUGUUAGAGGGAUGCCAGUUGGAAACAUUCCCAUCAAUUCUGACGGCCACCCUGAGACACAAGAGAGUCGCAGCUAUGAUGUCUGCGGACCGUUCCUAGAGUUUAGGCCGAAUUCUGGCCCGGAGCGAGCUGUCAGCCGUGGGCUGUAUCACAACCUUUUGACACCAGAGGAGUUGCAGAAGUAUGGCAUCAACCAGAGCCACGGGCCAAUGCACCCGUCUUACAACACGUAUGAUUCACGUGUGCGGUCGUAUGAGAACUGGCCGCGCUCCCUCAAACAGAAGCCAGACAAACUGAGUGAAGCAGGGUUCUAUUACACGGGUAACGGAGACCAAACGGUGUGUUUCCACUGCGGUGGAGGACUCAAAGACUGGGGGGAGACGGAUGACCCAUGGGUUGAACAUGCAGCGUGGUUUCCCAAGUGCGUGUACGUUGUGCUGAACAAGGGGCGGGAAUCCAUUCGAGAAUGUCAUCGGCCAAAGGAAUCCGAUGUUCGAGUCCAGGAUCUGAAGAACCUGCUGGGAGACUUGCAGAAGACAGAGGCAUCAUCAUCAUCAUCAUCAUCAUCAAGUAAGGAGCCCAGCCUGAAGGCAUCCACUGUGCAAGCAAACGGUUCACAUGGAAAGGUAAUUGACGAUGCACGAGUCUGCCAGAUUUGCUACGUGGAAGAACGGGGAGUCUUAUUCUUACCUUGUGGUCACCUUGUGGCAUGUGUGAAAUGUGCACCAUCGCUCUCGACGUGCGCUGUGUGCAGGCAACCAUUCACUGGCACCGUAAGAGCAUUCCUGUCGUGAGCACCACGCUGCAAAAAUCCAUUCAGCAGUGGUGCGAUCGGAAAGUUUCCAGACUGCGCGUAUAAAAACCCGUACACUUAUCUCAGGUAUUAAAUUCAUCCAUCACCCUCGAAGUAGUUCCCCUGGGAGUGAACACGAUCCCAGCCCCGCUGCCA